CCAAAACCCAAAUGCAAAUAUUUGUCUCCUCUCUUCCUUCAGUCUUUCAUUACAAGACCCUAAAUAUCUAAUCUUCCCUAGGCUGAUGCUGACUAUAUCUAAAAAUGUUCUGACCUUUUGAAGCAUAUUAAGAUCAAAGUCUAGUUUCAGUUGUGUGGGGCCUAUAUCCCCAAACCAACAGACAGCUUGCAACACUUUUUGUACAGGAGCUAAAAAAAAUGGAAAACGCAAGUCAAGAUCAUGAUAUGCCUAUCCCAUUAAACACUACAUAUGUUGGUGGUGGUGGUCAUGGUCACAUGAUCCUCCAUCAUCAUGAUCAUCAUGCUGCUGAUUCUGCUCCUUCAACUCACAACAACAACAACAUUUCUACUACUCAUCCACCACAAAUGCCUUUACAUGGUAAUGGUCAUGGCAACAAUCAUCAUCAAGAUCCUCAUCAUGUUGGUUACAACGCAAUCAUCAAGAAGCCUAUGAUAAAGUACAAGGAAUGUCUCAAGAACCAUGCAGCAGCAAUGGGAGGCAAUGCCACUGAUGGGUGUGGAGAGUUUAUGCCAAGUGGUGAAGAUGGCUCCAUUGAAGCUCUCACUUGCUCAGCUUGCAACUGCCAUAGAAAUUUCCAUAGAAAAGAAGUCGAAGGUGAAACCAACGCCACCGCCAUUUCCACUUACCACCAACCGCCUCCACCGCGAAAACUCAUGGUCAACCACCACACUAUCAGAUCAGCCAUGCCUCACCAAAUGAUCAUGCCUGUAGGAGUUUCUAACUAUCGGUACAUGCAUAACUUGGAGUCUGAUGACUUUAUGGAACAAGACGGCGUGACCACCGCGUCUAGACACAACCAGAAGAAGAGGUUUAGGACGAAGUUCACGCCGGAGCAGAAAGAGAAGAUGCUGAGUUUUGCUGAGAAAGUUGGGUGGAAGAUACAAAGGCAAGAAGAUUGCGUUGUUCAGAGAUUUUGUGAAGAGAUUGGAGUGAAGAGAAGAGUGCUUAAGGUUUGGAUGCACAACAACAAGCUCCAUUUCUCCAAUAAGAACACUAGCAACAACAACAUUAACCUCGAAGGCAACGACACCGAUAAGAGUAACAACGUUAACAAUGUUGAUGUGUCCGGUAAUAACAUAUGAUUUAUUAUUAAGUACGUACUUGUCUUAUGAUUUGAUUAUGAUAAGUCAUUAUCUUAUGUUACUAUUAGGGUUUUAAUAUUUUUUUUUUCAUUUUGGAAGUUAUAUAAAUUGAAGUUCUUGUAAUAAAUGUAUGACCAG